UGCUUUUCCCAAUCAAUCCAUUAGAAAGUGCUUUUCGCAAUCAAUCCGCAAGCUAAAAACACCCAUUCGGCCAUUCCCCCCACAGUGACUGAAACAAUGGACAAGGCCUGCAUUGCCGUCUUCUCCUUCGCAGUCCUCUUCCUGAUCCACUACAUUCUACGAGGCAAGAAGAACAAUGGCGGCGACAAGGCCGUGCAGCUGCCGCCGAGCCCUCCGGCCAUCCCGUUCCUCGGUCACCUCCACCUCGUGGCGAAUAAGCCGUUACACGCCACGCUGCGCCGCCUCGCCGGGCGCUACGGGCCGGUCUUCUCGCUGCGCCUCGGCGCGCGCAACACCGUGGUGGUGUCCUCGGCGGCUGGCGCCAGGGAGUGCUUCACGCAGCACGACGUGACCUUCGCCAACCGGCCCCAGUUCCCCUCGCAGCUGCUCCUCUCCUUCGGCGGCACCUCGCUCAUCUUCUCCAACUACGGCCCGCACUGGCGCAGCCUCCGCCGCGUCGCCGCCGUGCAGCUGCUCUCUGCGCACCGCGUCGCUUGCAUGUCCGGCGUCAUCGCCGCCGAGAUCAGCGCAAUGACUCGCCGGCUAUGCCGCGCGGCCGCUGCCGACGGCGGCGCCGCCCGGGUCCAGCUGAAGCGGAGGCUGUUCGAGCUCUCCCUCAGCGUGCUCAUGGAAACCAUCGCGAAUACCAAGGGAACACGGCCGGUGGCGGACGCCGACACGGACAUGUCCAUGGAAGCCCAGGAGUUCCAGAAAGUGGAGGGCGAGCUCAUCACGUACAUCGGCGCGGCCAACAUGUGGGACUUCCUGCCCGUGAUGCGGUGGUUCGACGUGUUCGGCGUCAGGAACAAGAUCCUGGCCGCGGUGAGCCGGAGGGGUGCGUUCCUGCGGCGGCUCAUCGACGCCGAGCGCCGGAGGUUUGGCGAAGGCCGCGGACAAGGCGACAAGAAGAGCAUGAUCGCCGUGCUGCUCACCUUGCAGAAAACAGAGCCAGACUUGUACACUGAUACUAUGAUCACGGCUCUCUGUUCGAAUCACAUUGGAUCUGGAACAGAGACCACCUCAACCACGACGGAAUGGGCGAUGUCGCUCCUGCUGAACCACCCAACGGUGAUCAAGAAGGCCCAGGCCGAGAUCGACGCGUUCGUCGGGAACUCUCGCCUAGUCGCUGCUGACGACGUGCCCCGCCUCGCCUACCUCCAGUGCAUUAUCAGCGAGACGCUCCGGUUGUACCCACCGGUGCCACUGCUGCUUCCGCACGAGUCCUCCACUGACUGCAAGGUCGGCGGCUACAACGUGCCGAGCGAGACGAUGCUUAUCGUGAACGCGUACGCCAUCCACAGGGAUCCAGCAGCGUGGAAGGACCCGGCAGUGUUCAGGCCGGAGAGGUUUGAGGAUGGCAGGGGAGACGGGAUGCUGGUGGUACCGUUCGGGAUGGGGCGGCGGAGGUGCCCCGGGGAGACGCUGGCGUUGCAGAUGGUCGGGAUUGUUCUGGCAACGCUGUUGCAGUGCUUCGACUGGGAACGGGUGGACGGCGUGGAGGUGGACAUGACGGAGGGGCCAGGGAUCACCAUGCCCAAGGCCGUUCCUUUGGAGGCCGUGUGCAGUCCGCGCGCAGCUAUGUGUGAUGUCCUUGAGAAGCUGUAACGAUCGAAGUAUAUCAUCAUAUUUACAUCAUAAUAAUCGCAUGGUUUGAUAGCGU